AUGGCACAGGCAGAUAAUUUAUAUGAUAAAUCCGUUUCUAGAAAAACAAGGCCAAAUUUUCAUGCACAAUCAGCAAGUUAUAUUCGCCCUUGGAACGUUGAUAGAACAAAAAUUACACCAUUAAUGCAAUUGCAUCUUUCAACACUUCAAAUAGAAGAUUAUGAAGAAAAAAAUGUGAACAGUUUUGAAAAAUAUGAAGAAAAUUAUACUAGCAAUUCUAACUUCAGUAAUUCUAAUUCCAGUAAUUCAAAUAACGCGAACGGUGAUAACAAACCUUUAAAAAGAUAUGGACCACCAAAAUUUCGGUAUAAAUAUUUAGAAGCAAAGAUUAUUUUAUACCUUGUGCAGAAUUGUCAGAUUUGUAUUCCGUUGCAGGCUUUAAAGGGAAUUGAAAAAGUUCAAGAAAAAAUUAUGAGAUUAAUUUUCAAAGAAGAUAAUAAACUUUUGAUAAUUUCAGUUAAAUUAAUAAUUCCACCAAGUUUGCCUAUUCCUAUACCAAUUAGAUCAGGAUUAGGGAGUCAACUUGGUAAUAAAGCAACAAACGUGGAAGAAGAAGCCAGUUCCAUUACCUUGGUUGUUCAUCAAGAUGUUACGGAAAAGGAAAUUGAUAUCGCAGGAUUGCAUAUUGAUUAUCUGAUUAAUCAAAUGUCAAACCAUGGAAUUCGUACCACACCUUCUUGGGGGUCUAGAUGGGCAUUUAAUCAUAAUCCGCUUAAUGUCAGUGAACACUAUAUCAUAAAACUACAUACUGGUAACGAUACCAGAAUUUUUUUAUUCAAAAAACUUCAAUCAUACAAAGAGAUUAAAAACAGCAUUGAAUCAGCAAUAAAUGUGCAUAACAUAAAAAACUUCAAAUAUAAAGAUGAGGUUGGAGAAUUUAUUACUAUAUCAACACCUCAUGAACUUGAAACAGCUUUUAAUUAUCAUUCAAAAAAGAAUAAAUUGGAAUUAUG